UGAAACUCAUCUCUGUAACACUCACAGAACUCCCAACUCUUCUCUCUCUCUCUCAACAAUGGCGUCCUCUCGUUCUUCUCUCUCCCAAAUCUCCAAAACGGUGCGUUUCUUCUCCACAAGCAGCGCUCCAAAACCUUCUCACCACAAUCAUCACAGUCACAACCACACCUACUCGGAGCCCAAUUCCUAUAUAGGAAGCUGGGAGGCUCCCAAAAACCCUAAGGAGGCCCAGCGAAGACUAGCUCAGCUUCGCAGAGACUAUGCUAAACAGGUCAAGGAGGUUCGCAAGGAGUACAUUAAGGAGGUUGAGCUUAUGAGGCUCGAAAAGCUUCGCAAGGACGAAGCUCACAAGGAGGCUCUCAGGCUCCAAACCGAGGAACGUAAGAGACUCAAAGCUGAGGCUGCUAAGGCUCGUGCUCAGGAGCGUCAGGUCGCCGAGCAGGAGUUCCGCGAAACCCUAUUGAAAGAAAGAGCAGAGAAGCUUGAGAAUUGGAGGAUGAAAGAGAAACUUAGAGAAGAAAAGAAGAAAGAGAAGAACGAGCUGUUGCGCCGAAAGAGUUCCUUAUGGGUUGACCAAUCUGGAUUGGAGAAGAAAAUACUUGAAGCAAUUGUUGACACAACACCCUUAUGAUAGAAUAACAAAUGUACAUGGAAAAACUUGAAGAUGUCCUUCGAAAGUACUCGAUGAACUCGACGAUUAUUUAAACAACCGAUAUCACCGCAACAAAAGAGAUGAAUUACAAUGCAAAACUUAUUCAAAUCUUUCAUGUUUGGAAUGCCAUUUCAGCUUUAAUAUUUUAUAGGUUAAGGUGGAAAAAACCAAUGGCUAUUUCUUUUGAACCCUUGCUAAUUUAAUGCCAACUUGUUUUUUGUUUAA